UACCUAUUUAUUGAUGUUAUUUUUUCGUUAACACAUGUUUGAUAUUUUGGACACCAGAUGAUAUUUUCAAAUAUUCCUGGCAGACAAGCAUGAGGAGUAAAUAGUUACUAAACAAUGGCUAUGGCCGUGGCAGCAUACCGGGCAACAAGCACCUCAAGACAAUUUGCAGCGAUCAUCAAUAAGAAAGGCAUUCAAAUUCUGAAGAGGAUUAGUGCCUGUGCAUAUUCAAAAGGCAUUGUGAAUAACUCAUCUUCUUCUGGUACUCAGUUAUUUGAGGUCUCUGGCCAUAGAGGUUUUCUGCCAGCCGUGAAUCCUCCGCUUCAUCUCUCGCACCCACAAUUCAGUCCAUGGGAAGAAACUCUGCACGACCUCCCCAAGUUGCUUGUUGCCUUCGACCAUGGCCAAAAGCUCCGCCAAACCAUAGAGAAAUUACCACCAUUUUCUUACCAACAAUUGUUAGAAGGAGGUGAUUCAGAGAUUUGGAGAGGAAUGUUGGUUUUGUCGUUCAUCGCACACGCUUAUGUAUGGGGCGCUCCGUCUCCAGUAAGUGUGCUUCCCAGUAAGUUGGCAGUUCCAUUCUGCAAAGUUUCUUCAUGCCUGGACAUGCCUCCUGUUCUCACAUAUGCCACUUAUAAUCUCUUGAACUGGCGGGUUUUGGACGAAAAUUCUGCAAUCGAACUGGGAAACAUAGUUUGUCUUCAUAAUUUCUAUGGUGGUUUGGACGAAGAAUGGUUUCGUCUUGUUCAUGUUGAUAUUGAGGCCAAGGCAGGCAUAGGAUUGAAGGCUCUGGUGGAUGCCCAUGAUGCUAUUGCUCAACAAGAUGUGGCUCAGGUUCAUUCAAGCUUGACAAAAAUGGCCCAUACCUUGAAAAUGAUGCAAAAGACGUUGAGCCAAAUGGGAGAGAAAUGUGAUCCUCACAUAUACUACCAUCGGAUUAGGAAGUUCAUGUCAGGCUGGCGAGGUAAUCCAGCACUUCCAAAUGGAAUGUUUUAUGAGGGCGUGUGGAGUGAUUCCAAAUUUUUCUAUGGAGAAACAGGUGCUCAAUCAUCUAUCAUUCCAGCCUUUGAUGCUGCUUUAGGGGUAACUCAUGCUACUGGUCCUCUUUCCGAUUAUUUGCAGGUCAUGCGCUUGCACAUGCCCCUGUCCCAUCGUUCUUACAUUCAACAGAUUGAGAAUGGCCCUUCAAUACGACUAUUUGUCAGUGCUCAUCUGUCAGAGCUGGGCGAGUGCUAUGAUACAUGCUUGACUGAGCUUUUCAGGUUUAGGGCUCUUCACAUGAAGUAUGCCUCGGCAUAUAUCACACAACCAGGUAAAAAAUCUCAAAAAGAGGAAAAGGGAACUGGGGGAACAGAUUUUAUUCCUUACUUGCUUCAAAAUGCAACAACUACAAAAGAGCAUCUCAUCAAAGCUAAUGAUGUCUGAAGGAUGGUUCCUCAUCUGGUUAACUCAACAUCUUUGUUUUGUUGAUGAAUUUUAUAAAGCAAAAUAGUAGAUUACAAACCAAAGUUUCCAAUAAGUAUAUUCAUAUUGAUUGAUUCUUUGUAACUAUAAUCUGUUACUCUCAAAUAAUCUACUUAGUAUCCUGAACGCGCAGACACUCCUGUCCUUGCAUCAUUCUCAUGCCUUUUACUUGGAUCUUCCAAGGAGAAUGAGUUGAAAAUAAAUUUGUCACUUAUGGUAUCAAUAUCUUGCUCUGCACAGUUUGAGAGACAAGAUAAAAUAACAUUUCACACAAAAGGAUGAACUACUCAGAUCAGUACCUUGUGAAGAUCAUUAAUUCAGAAAUUACAGCACAGCCCUAAAUUGUGAAAUA